UUACGGCCGUUACGCGCAAUGUGUCAACAAAACGCUAAAAAGGUCUUAAAGGAUGUUCUUGUUUUUCCACGGGUGUCUCGCACUUAAGCACCAAAGCAGCAACUGCGGACGGGCCUUUGGGAUUGAUGGACGGAAUGGCUUCAUAAAAAUGGCCUAAAACAACUUCCCGCGGCCGUGGGGUUGUUUUUAGCUUGAUUCACGCUUCCAAAGCUAAUUGAAACUAGACGCUAGCGAUGGCGGAGCGUUACAGGAUCGAAAACAUAUAAAUUUUCCACGUAUGGCUCUUGGUUUUUGUUUUUUUGUUGUCUGGCGAACUUUAUUACGCUGUAGAAAGGCUGUAAAAAUCCUGCUCCAGGGCGAAAGUGGCCUCAAACAAAGCGCACAAUGCCGCUAGCAUGAUGCUGCUGGUGUUCGCUUGAUGGAGCCGCCCAUCAAGCGAGCUACUAAUAAAACCAUUUCUGGAGGCAAUUUCCCACAGCAGAUGUAAUGAAUAAGCACGAAUUUUUCCCCUGCUGAUUGCAUACAUUCAGGCGCAAAUACCAAGUAUGCAAUCUGGUGUAAUAAAGCGUCUAACACGCCAUGCAAUUUUCAUGACAAAAUUACAUUGUUCGCUGCGCUUUUUAUCUCUUGCGGUGCUUAUCAACACGAAUUGAUGGCGUAGCAAGCAAGAUACAGCUCGUUUGGAAAGAAAAACUUAUCAGCAAUGUAACACGAACACACACGCGUAAGAAAAUCAUACUUUCUCCCGAUCAUUAAAAAAUCAUUCACAAAGUUUUUGUCCCACACGACAACGGAAAAUACUUUAUCGUUAUUGAUUCUCAAAUGUGAUUUUCUUACUCUGAUAACAGGGAAAGACAAACGCGCGAUGGAAAAGGGGACACUUUUUUUUGUCUUGCGUACGUGCUCCCCACUGAACCGUACACGAUGGAAUAUGAGCUUGGAGAAAACCUUUAAAGCAUUAUCGAGUGCCGUCGAGGUUUUGCCAUCGCUUUGUUUUAGCUUUUCGUGCGUCCGUGAGUGGUUCAUCAAACGUUUAAGAUUAUUGUUUGGUAAACAUUGAUCAAUGGACAAUCGAUCAAGCCCGAUAUGCACUGUGCAAACCCUUCCACGGGCAAGCAAGCGCAGCAAGCGCAACCCCGGUGAGCCUUUUCCACUUUGAUGAUGAUGAGGAGAUGAUUUUCACAGGAUUGCCGAAGGGUGUCGUCAAAUGGGCGGGAGGUGGGUUGGUCGGAUGGUAAUCAGCACGGUACACAGCGCUGAUUGCAAAAUCUAUCCAAACAAUGAUUAGAUGAAAGGAUUUCCGGACCUUCGAGCCAGUCCCGUGCCGGCCGACAAGUACGUCGGUACGCUGAACCUGAACCCUGUUGUGCAUGGUCCAUGCCGGCAAGCAUCGCGUGGAACCGGCCAGUGCCAUCACCAGCAUGCAAGUUCAACCGACCAAAUAUGUCGGCCUGGUGGCUGACCUUAUGCCGAACAUUCGGUUGAUGCAGGCGAGCGGCCACUUUCUGUUUCGCUACGUCACCGGUCCGAUCCUGAUCCGGAAGGUGUACUCCUGGUGGACGCUCAUCAUGGUGCUGAUGCAGUUUUUUGCCAUCCUCGGCAAUCUCGCGUCGAAUGCGGACGACGUGAACGAGCUGACCGCCAACACGAUCACGACCCUGUUCUUCACGCACUCGGUCACGAAGUUCAUCUACUUUGCGGUCAACUCGGAGAACUUUUACCGCACGCUCGGCAUCUGGAACCAGACCAACUCGCACCCGCUGUUUGCCGAAUCGGACGCACGCUACCAUUCGAUCGCGCUUGCCAAGAUGCGAAAGCUGCUGGUCCUGGUGAUGGUCACCACUAUCCUGUCGGUUGUAGCCUGGGUUACGAUAACGUUUUUCGGCGAAAGCGUCAAAAAUGUGCUCGAUAAGGAAACGAACGAGACGUACACGGUGGAGAUACCCCGGCUGCCCAUCAAGUCCUGGUAUCCGUGGAAUGCUAUGAGCGGACCGGCGUACAUUUUCUCCUUCAUCUACCAGAUUUACUUCCUGCUGUUUUCGAUGGUCCAGAGCAAUCUCGCGGAUGUGAUGUUCUGUUCCUGGCUGCUGUUGGCCUGCGAGCAGCUGCAACACUUGAAGGGCAUUAUGCGACCGCUGAUGGAGCUUUCCGCCUCGCUGGACACCUACCGGCCCAACUCGGCGGCACUGUUCCGCGCAAUUUCAGCCGGCUCCAAAUCGGAACUGAUCAUCAACGAAGAGAAGGACCCCGACGUUAAGGACUUUGAUCUGAGCGGCAUCUACAGCUCGAAGGCCGACUGGGGCGCCCAGUUCCGUGCGCCGUCCACGCUGCAAACGUUCGACGAGAAUGGCAGGAACGGAAAUCCGAACGGGCUUACCCGGAAGCAGGAAAUGAUGGUUCGCAGCGCUAUCAAGUAUUGGGUCGAGCGGCACAAGCACGUCGUACGGCUCGUUUCGGCCAUCGGUGAUACGUACGGACCCGCCCUGCUGCUGCACAUGCUGACCUCCACCAUCAAGCUGACGCUGCUCGCCUACCAGGCAACCAAAAUCGACGGUGUCAACGUGUACGGAUUGACCGUAAUCGGAUAUUUGUGCUACGCGCUGGCUCAGGUUUUCCUGUUCUGCAUCUUCGGCAAUCGGCUCAUCGAGGAGAGCUCAUCCGUGAUGGAGGCGGCCUACUCGUGCCACUGGUACGAUGGGUCCGAGGAGGCAAAAACCUUCGUCCAGAUCGUAUGCCAACAGUGCCAGAAGGCGAUGACUAUUUCCGGUGCCAAGUUUUUCACCGUUUCACUCGAUCUGUUUGCCUCGGUUCUCGGAGCCGUCGUCACCUACUUCAUGGUGUUGGUACAGUUGAAGUAAACAACUGGACACCGGGUUUUUUUUUAUUGCUCUUUGCUCUCUACAGACACACUUCUGCUACGAUGGUUUACAUACUGUUAACACCGAAACGAUCUGUUACGUGCAUACUAUCUGUAAAAUUAUUUGCUUUUAGACGGGAUGAGAUGACGAUCCGAUGCGAAGUUGCUACCAGCGUUGAUUGGUUUUAGUACAAAGAAAAGCUGGGAAAAAAGUGGACAAGGACAAGUUUUUUUAUUUGGAGUGAAGGAUAGACCAGGGAAAAGUCAAAUGUGUGCGAAUCGCUCUCAUCAAGCACGAUGUAUGUGCCUUACCAGACAUGCAAUUAUGAUAGUAGUGACAACAAUAAAGAGUACAAAUGGUUCUUAACGCGCACCCCCUUA